GAACAAUCAAGUCGAAUCAUUGCAUGAAGGCAAAGGCAACUCAUUUUGAAUUGCAAGACGGCAGGCCUCAGGAGUCAUUGAUGUGUGUGAAAUCUGCAACAUGGACAUAGGUUGUGUUUGUGUUUAGCCAUCAGCGCCAUGUCGUUCUGGGAGGUGGUGGGUGGGGCCGACAAAGGCGGGAUUUUGGUCCGGGAGGGCCAGAGUUUGAAGUCUACUGAGUUGUCUGGGCGGCUCUCCACUGGUGCAAUUCUUGGCGAGUUGGAACGGGCGGGUGAGCGGCUGAAGUAUUGCUUGCUGAAAGGCACAGGACCAGCAGAGGGGUGGGUGAGCCUUAAGAUUGCUGGUAAAGAGCUUGUCCAGCCCACUUCUACGCCUGAAGGAAAGCCAGAAGUGCUGGAGCCGUUCCCCAAAGAGGUGAAGCACUUGGUGCCGGAAUCUUCGCCUUUUCCUUUCCCAAGCGGCCGAUGUUUUGGAAAAGAUGGAAAGAUGAAGAUGCUCUACUUGCACGGUGGCGGGGUAAGCAAAACUGUUGCCCAGAUGCAGCUCAAUAGUACUUUCAAGGAAAUCCCGCAAAAGAAGCAGUUGGACUGGACUAUUUGGACUGGUCCUCAUGCUGUGCCAUUAGGCUGGAACGGCGACUUUUCAUUGAAGCCCUUCGGUCCCAAUUUUACGGUCUACUUCGAGCGCCUGCCGUUUGCAAAUUGCCAGUGGGAAACCUGGGAAGGCCUUGAGAAGACCCUCGUUGAAUUCAAGAAAUUCAUCAAGGAGAAUGGGCCCUUUGAUGGUGCCAUGGGCUUUGACAUGGGCGGAGAAUUCUUAGUCCACGUGGCAAAAAUGGCCACCGAGGGGGACCCCGAGCUGCAAGGGGCUUUCCGCUUCUUGAUCCUCUUCACCACAACCGCACCGAAACAUUUGUCUCCGAUGGGCAGGGAGCGAAUCAAAGCCCCUCUACAGAUCCCAAGUGUUUGCAGCUGGUCCAACUCAGAUGAAAACCAUCCGUACAUGGAGUAUGAAGAGCUUCCACUCUUUAUCCACCCAGACUUCAGAGAAGUGAUUGUCCACAAAGAUGGACACAAGCCACCGCUUCUCAAGAAGGAUCAACCUGAGUUCUGGCGACUUGCACGAUUCCUAGAUGCUAUGGAAAAGGGAAAUGUAUUCACACCCACAGAUCAUGAGGACAAUGGUGUGCGCAGGAGUCUGUGGCUGCCCGUUCAAAGAGGUUUGGCUUCUGAGCCUCCUGCUGGCAAGAGGCAGUUGCUAGUGGUUCCAGAUCCUUUGGGAGCAGGGCCAGACUUGCACAGAGUGAUGGAUGCCUUGCAGGCGAUGCAAGCCAAGGGUGAAGCCCUUGAAUUCAAGGGAGAGCCAUUUGUGAGCAGUGGCUCUCCCCCAAAGCCAAUCCAGAGACUGGCCUUGCUGAUGGAGCUGUGCCAGGCGUCACAUGAGGUUUUCUCGAAAGAUGGCUCUGACCUUGAUGUUCAACACGUGACUUUCACUGAGGACCAGAAGAUUAAUUGGCAUUGCCAAGCGUCCGAAGUCCCUUCACGUCAGCUUCUCAGCAAAGAUAUUGUUCAGGAUGAAGAGCACGACCUGCGGGUUAGGGCUUUGGCCACCAAACUUUUGGAGUCGAUCAAAGUCUCUGGAGGCCCUGGCCCGGCACUUGUAGGAUUCGCCAGUGGUGCCUUUAUCGCCUUUGCCAUGGCCCGAGAGCUGGUGGCUACAGGUGUUAAGCCCUUGGGCUUGUGGCUGGUGAAUCCACCACUACGUUUACCUUGGUCCAUGACCGCAACGCCUUGUUGUCUCAAGGACUGCCCUGUGCAGGUGCUUGUUGACCAGGAUUCGACGUAUGGUCCGCCAUGGAGAUAUGAGGUGGCGACCUUUGGCCCCUUCUCAACAGCCGUCUAUGUCGACUUAAAUGAUAUGGCUUCAAAGGUUGUGUCAGCUCUUCGUGGUUCAUAAGAAUCGCUUUUACAUUUCAAAGGCCCUCUCAAGCUGGGACCUUUGGAACAGCAGCAAGGAUUUGCAUUAGAAUAGCUUGAGA